CGGGCCCUGCGCGGCCGCGGCGCGCGCGGCGCAGCCGCGGGUGCGGCGUCGCGCCGCGUCGCUGGGUGCGGGUGGCUGGCGCGACCUCCCCCCCGACCACCCUGCGAGAGCUGAGGGAGGAGCUGCGCAGGCGGGACCUCUCCUGGCUGGGGCAGAAGUCGCAGCUGGUGCGGCGGCUGGAGCUGGCGGACGCCAGCCUGCCCAUCGGGCGCAAGCUGAAGGCGGUGGUGUCGGCCGUCGACUCUCGCGGCAUGAAGGUCGACAUCGACGUCGGCGCCCAGGCGUCGGCGGCGGCCCAGCGCCUCUCCAGGCUGAGGGGCCUCGCCAGCGCCAGGUGAGCAGCGCAGAGCAGCGGGUUCGACUGCGCCGGCUCGCGCAAGCUGCCCGCCAAAGGCUGCGGGUGAGAGCCCUCGUUUCCGAUGCAGCGUGCCGCGCUGGCGGCCCGCGCGAGCCACCGAGUCAUGUCGCUGUGCCAUCUCGCGUAAAGCCCGUUUUCGAUCGUCGCUCAGGUGGCUCGCGGACGCCUUCGCCCCCGGCGUCGAGCGCUGCCUGCAGCCGGGCGACGUGGUGGACGCGUGGCCCACGGGCGAGCCGGAGGACGUAAAGUUGCUACACGGGGGCCCGAAGCAGAGGCAGCAGCGUUUUUUCUGUUUACCCGUCGCCGUCUCCCCGAAGCGGCCCGCGGAGAACCUCUCGGCCGUGGGGCAGUUGGAGGCGGGCGCCUGGCUCGGCGGGAGGGUGACGGCGGUGAUGAGCUUCGGCGUGUUCGCGGAGGUGGCCCUGCCAGAGGGCGGCUUGGCGCGCUGGGGUUUCAUCCGCCCCGGCGACCUCGACCGGGGUGCCUUCGGCAAGGAGGUGCAGAUCGGCGACGAGCUGCGCGUGCGCGUGGUCAAGGAGGAGGCGCACACCGGCAGGCUGUGGCUGUCGAUGCUGCCCCUGGGCGCGAUGGGGGCAGAGCGAGAGGAGGCGGGGGAGCAGGCCCCAAGGCCGGGCGGCCUGGGCGGGCAGGGCCGCCUCGAGGGGGCGCUGCCCGAGCUGCCGGUGCCGGCGCUGCUGUAGGGCGCCGCCUCCCCGCCAGCGCUGCCGGGGCGGGUGCUCCGCGACGGCCGCUUCCCGCGCGGCGCCGCCCCGCGCCGCGCCGCGCCGCUCUGCUGCCGCGCCGCUGCCGCGCCGCGGCCUCGUCGCCCCCUGAGGUCCGACGCGGAGCGAAGACAUCGCAGCAUCGCGAAGCUCUGGGAGGGCCGCGGGAGGCCGCCG